AUGUUCGGCGACCUCAACUACAGGAUAGCCGGAUUGGAGGCAAGCGCUGUGCGUGAAAUGAUUGAGCACAAGAAAGGCAAGGCCUUGGAUGAGUUGUUGAGCUUUGACGAAUUAAUCAUGAAUCGCAACGCCAAUCGAACCUUCUCGGGCUUUACUGAGGGCAAAAUUGACUUCCUGCCAACGUACAAGUUUACUCCACACUCUGAUGAAUAUGAUCGAGGGUAA